AAGGAUGAUAAUCCUUUAUGUAAUGGUAGUCCCGAAAUACAAGGGGGAGAGGGAGGAGGAGGAGGAGGAGGAGGAGGAGGAGGAGGAGGAGGAGGAGGAGGAGGAGGAGGAGGAGGAGGAGGAGGAGGAGGAGGAGGAGGAGGAGGAGGAGGGGGAGGAGGAGGAGGAGGAGGAGGAGGAGGAGGAGGAGGAGGAGGAGGAGGAGGAGGAGGAGGAGGAGGAGGAGGAGGAGGAGGAGGAGGAGGAGGAGGAUUCGGGGGGAUGCCCCAGCACUAGAAGACGACCCAUUUCUAUUUGACGAUGAAGCUGCCAAUGAUUCUAGAGCAC